AUGAACUGUUUUCUGUUACGCCUUCUGUGGCCACUGGCCCUGCUGCACUGCAUCCAGGCAUCGGUAGUGGCUCCGAGACCGCUUAUAUAUGGCCGGGAUAAUGCCUACUACUUUGGUUUGCCGGUCUACAAACUAAUCAAGCCGGGUAUAGUCCCUCCCACGACGACGACUACCACCACAACGCCUGCUCCCAGCUCGGGUUAUCCUAGUGAUAUUCUGGACAUCGCCUACAAAAAACUGGGCCUGAAGAAGCUGCCGAGAAUCGAGGAUCUGGGCGAAUUGAUAGGCACGGGAGAUCCCAUAGAAACCAUCGAGUAUCUGCGCAAACGGACGGGCAGCGAUGCUGACAUUGCUCUGAUGAAGCAGUAUAUGGACACGCUCCAUUUCGAGGAGGAGCAUGAGGCGGAAGAGGAGGAAGAGGCUGAGGCGGAAGCGGAAAUGGCAGAGAAGCAAGACGACGACAGUGACAAUGAUGAUGAUAACACAAUGGACAACAGCUUUGAUGAGGAUCAGACCAGGGAGAAUGUUAGUCCCACAAAAGCUCCUGAGCCGCAGGAAAGUAUGAUGCAGCGUUUUAGCACCUUCCUGAAGCAGUGGACCAGUCGUACCCCUACACCAGCGCCGAUGGAAGCUACUCCUCCUCCUUCCCCUCCCCGACCAGUCUCCUUCCAGCCAGUUUUUGUGGUUCGUCCUCCACCUAUGGCCGUGCCCAACAGAAGGCCUGUCCUGGUGAGGCAACCAGUGCCGUACCACUAUCCCGUACCCUUCCGACCUGUGACACCGUCGCCACCGCCGCUGCGCGUCGAGAGGCCAACCGAGGUACCCAGUACCACAGCAGCUCCUAAGCCCCAUUUGAACACACCCAAGGAGCAGGAGUUGACCGCCAAGGAGCUGGAGGAUAUCACAAUCGAUAUACCGAGCAACCUGUCGCCGCACAUCAUGCAGUUCGCCAAGUUGGCCAACAUCUCGCCCGUGAUUGUGGAUCGCUUCCUGCAGCGCCAGCCCAAGCUGGCGGCGUUGGCCAAAAAGGUGAGCACGCUGGCGUUGAGCCAAGAGCAGACCCAGGAGAUGGAGUCCCAGGUGCUGAUGGCAGUACACAAAGCACUGUCCCAGAGCGAGGAGAUGACCAAGAUAUUGGAGGCGGCCCAGACACUUAAAUAG